AUGUCUUUACGGGCGCUGCCAAUAAGUCAGACCCGCGCUCCGUGGCGCGAUCUUAUCAGCUCGCAUCUGGAGAAGACUAAAGGAUACGAAUUUACCGUUGCGACGGUCGGGUAUGAUGCUAAGCAACGCAUAGUCCCUCGUGUUCGGACAUGCGGAUUCCGUGGUUUCUUCCCAGAGGUUAAGCUCCAUCCGAGUGGGCAAAAGGAUAUGGACGAGCAGGUCGAAGAUGGCGGCAAUGCGCCCUUGUUCGAGAGCGACCUGCUAUCCCUCACCACCGAUAUCAGGAUGGAAAAGCUGAAACAGCUGGAUUCAACUGGGAACAGCAUUGAGGCCAUGUUCUGGCUUAAGGAGGUCAUGGUUCAAUGGAGGAUUAAAGGACAAGCAUACUAUCUUGGCUCCCCCACACCAGAAUCAGGAGCGGAAUCAGAUCUCCAGGCACAAUUGUUCAAUGCCCUGCGCCUCAAGCCUGAUUACGACGGGGAUCAGAAAGUGGACUCCAACAAGUGGACGUGGGACAAGGCAAUCACGAAGUACUUUGCAAAUCACUCCCCCGCCAUGCGUGGCUCUUUUCGCAACCCGCCUCCUGGUCAACCCAGAACUCAACAGCUCAGCAACCCCGACUUGAGCCUAGGACAAAAAAUAUCUGAUCUCCACGAUCCUGUUGCACGGGGGAAUUUCAGAUUAGUUUUGAUUAUCCCCGAAGAGGUUGAGCAAUUAGAUCUUUCCAACGGGGAUGAUCCCAGGCGACGCAAGUGGACCCUUGUCGAAGACGAGGGUCACUCAGGCAGCACGGGUGGGAAGUGGGAGGAGACGGAGCUCUGGCCUUGA